CGAAAAUGACUGAUUAUCCUACGGACUUUAUGUACUUACAUGGAGAUUUGCAGCUCCACAUUAUUCAGGCGAGUAAUUUGCCGAAUAUGGACUUGACCUCAUUCCGUCUCCGCCGCUGGUUCGCCUGUGAUGUCUGCCGGAAAAAUGACUCCGCCGGCGGUGGCGGCGGCGGAGACGGCGCGGUGAGUAACCGGAACAAGAAAAUUCACCACCGCGGAGUCAUAAUCGGCGACGCUUACGUCACCGUUUUGGCGCUUCAGACCACGCUUGCCCGCACCCGGGUGAUUCCCAACUCGCCGAAUCCGAUGUGGGACGAGCAUUUCCACAUCCCGCUGGCUCACCGCGUGGCGUAUUUGGAGUUUCGGGUUAAGGAUACUGACGUGUUCGGAGCUCAGAUUAUGGGGAGUGUGAAAAUUGCGGCGAAGGACAUCGCCGCCGGUGGAACAAUUUCCAAUUGGUAUGAUGUGUUUGAUCCCUCCGGGAAGCCUCCCAAACCCGGAGCAGCUCUUCGCCUUGAAAUGAAGUUCAUUCCUUUUGAAUCCAAUAUCCUAUACAAGCAUGGCAUUGCAGGUGAUCCUCAAUUCUUAGGCGUGAGGCGUACCUAUUUCCCAUUGAGAAAAGGGUGCUCGGUGAAGCUGUAUCAGGACGCUCAUGUUAAGGACAGUAAUCUGAAACUGCCGGAGGUUGAACUAGACGUAGACGGAGGGAUAACGUACGAGCGAGGUACUUGUUGGGAGGACAUAUGCCAUGCAAUCUCGGAGGCUCAUCAUUUGGUAUACAUUGUCGGCUGGUCUGUUCGCCACAGUACUAAACUGGUAAGAGAGACUAGAAGGGCGUUGCCGCCUGGUGGGAGCUUGACUCUUGGGGAAUUGCUCAAGUACAAAUCCGAGGAAGGUGUUCGGGUUCUGUUAUUAGUUUGGGAUGACAGGUUUUCAAAGGAUGCUUUUUUGCCAGGAGUAAUGGGAACCCAUGAUGAGGAGACCAAGAAGUUUUUCAAACACUCAUCUGUGAUUUGCAUUCUGUCGCCCCGGCGUGCCAGCACUAAGCUUAGUUUCAUUAAGCAGUUUACGGUGGGGAACAUGUUCACACACCACCAGAAGUGUGUGCUUGUGGAUACACAGGGCGAAAAUGGUAAUCGAAGAAUUACAGCUUUCUUGGGUGGUCUUGAUCUCUGUGAUGGUCGUUAUGAUACACCUGAACACCGUCUAUUUCAUGAUCUUGAUACUGUUUUUAAGGGCGAUUUUCAUCAGCCUUCACUUCCAGCAGGGACGAAAGCUCCAAGGCAGCCGUGGCAUGACUUACACUGCAGAAUUGAUGGGCCUGCUGCAUAUGAUGUGCUUAUAAACUUUGCGCAACGAUGGAGGAGAGCAACGAGGUGGAGAGAAUUCGCUUUUGGGAAAAAGCGUAGGUCUAAAUGGCACGACGAUGCAAUGAUAAAAGUCGAACGAAUAUCGUGGAUACUCAGCCCUGCCUUUUCUAUUGGAAAGGAAACCACCUCCAUUCCAGGGGAUGACCCCAACCUCUAUGUAAACGAGGCGGAUAGCUCAAGAAAUUGGCAUGUUCAGAUUUUUCGUUCCAUUGAUUCAGGUUCUGUGAAGGGCUUUCCCAAAUUAAUUGACACUGUUGAGAAACAGAACCUUAUCUGUGGAAAGAAUCUGGUGGUAGACAAAAGCAUUCAGACAGCGUAUAUCCAGGCGAUAAGAUCAGCUAAGAACUUCAUAUAUAUUGAAAACCAGUAUUUUCUCGGGUCAUCAUAUGGUUGGCCAUCGUACAAAGACGCAGGAGCUGAUCAUCUGAUUCCAAUGGAAUUGGCACUGAAAAUUGCGAGUAAAAUCAGAGCCAAAGAAAGGUUCGCUGUGUAUGUUGUUGUGCCAAUGUGGCCCGAGGGAGACCCCAAGUCAGCUCCUAUGCAAGAAAUCCUCUUUUGGCAGAGCCAAACAAUGCAGAUGAUGUUUGAAAUCAUUUCACAAGAGAUUAAAGAUGUUCUUGUGCAUCCUUCACACUAUCUAAAUUUCUAUUGCCUUGGCCAACGCGAAGAUGUUCCGAGUUCACUGAGCCAGUCUGAUGCAGACAAGGUUUCGGAUUCGCUCAGGUUUCAGCGUUUCAUGAUAUAUGUGCACUCCAAAGGAAUGAUAGUAGACGACGAGUAUGUCAUAGUGGGAUCUGCCAACAUCAACCAACGAUCUAUGGCUGGCUCGAAAGACACCGAGAUAGCUAUGGGCGCCUAUCAGCCCUAUCAUACCUGGGCAGAGCAGCAGCAUUCCCCUCGCGGACAGAUAUAUGGGUACAGAAUGUCGUUGUGGGAAGAACACCUCGGGAAAGUGGAGGAAUGUUUCAAAAAGCCCGAGACGCUGGAGUGUGUGACGAGAGUGAAUGAAAUCGCCCGAGAUAACUGGGAAAAAUACACGGCCGAGAGUUUCACUGCUCCCUUGCAGGGUCAUCUUCUAAGGUAUCCUCUGGAUGUGAAUAGAGAUGGGAGAGUAAGUUCACUAUCUGGAUUUGAGAAUUUCCCAGAUGUUGGGGGCAAAAUAAUGGGAGCAUACUCUCCUGUUAUUCUUGAUCUUUUGACAACCUGAUAUGAUAUUUUACCUUAUCCAUUGUGUUUUCCAGUGAAUGUCACUGUAAGUUUGAUUGAGUGAAGUGUGAAUUGUUCACAAUCCAGUAAAAAAAAAAGGUUAUUUUACAUGCCAGAAAGAUGUAAUCUUUACCUUUAAAAUACAUUCAAGUUCAAAGAGGAGUGUGGCUCUGGGUUGAGUCCAUAUUUACCUCUAUGUAUGUAUAUGUUGUACAUGCAAUUUAUACUGUCAAUGAACAAUUAAAUUCUUUCUUGUAACAUA